AUGACCGACAAAGAAAGCCUGUAUCGACGAGACAUGCUGUUGCAGACUCUCACUUUGACUUCCCUUGUGGUGUCAGUGUUAAGUCAUGGGCGAGUGUGGGAGCCCCCGGGCAGGGCUACCAUGUGGCGAGUCGGGUACAGCUCACGAGCUAACUAUGAUGAUAAUGGCCUUAACUGUGGGGGAUUUAGCAAACACUAUGGAGAAAAUAAGGGAAACUGUGGAGUGUGCGGCGACGACUUCAGCCUGGCGCCACCACGUCCCCACGAGCUCGGCGGGGUAUACGGCCAUGGCGCUAUUGUAGCCAAAUAUCUCUCGGGACAAAUCAUCGAAACCUCAGUCGAAAUAACCGCAUACCACAAAGGCCACUGGGAAUUCAAGAUCUGCCCCGAUCCAACUAACGAACUAGACCAGGCAUGCUUCGACAAAUACCCCCUAGAGAUGGAAAGUGGUGGCAAGAACUAUUACCCCCCGGGCGUCGGUACUUUUACCGUUAGAUACCGCUUACCAAUUGGCCUGUCUUGCGAACAUUGCAUUCUACAGUGGAGGUACGUAGCUGGAAACAAUUGGGGUAACUGUGGAAAUGGUACAAGCGGCUUGGGCUGUGGAGACCAAGAAAACUUCCUAGCCUGUUCGGACAUAACUAUUGAACCUGGAAUAAUUGAAGUAGACAGCAUGCCCGUAGAAAUAUCUUAAACACUCGAAAAUACAAUGC